GGUGUGUAUACACACAUAGUUCAUAUUAAUAUAUAUUCACACUCAAACUAACAUAUACAUACAUAUGAAUGUACAAUCAUUUUUCCACUUUACAGGUAGUGGUGGUCCAGAAGAGGCUGACCGUCCCUUUCUUUGUGGUGAUGACUUGCGUCAUGAUAUGCGGUAUGAUCCACAGCCAGAGCCCAGAACUGACUUGCGUCAUGAUCCUCCUUUAGACCUCCGUGGUGAUGUUAGAGACCAGCGAAUCGACCCUCGUGCAGACAUUCGGGGAGACAUACAAGGAGGGGGAGAUAGAUUAGGAUCCUCUCCACCACUACCUCCUAGCUCACUACCACAUUCAUGUCAGCUUUGUGGAAAACUCAUUUCAUGUCGCCGUAAUCUGUGGAAGCACAUGGAACGUGUCCACUUCAACAACCCCGCCGUCCGCUGCUCGCUUUGUGCUAAGAUGUUCAAAAAUAAAUAUGCCCUUAAGGAUCACCAGCGCAUCUAUCAUGGCGGUUUGAGUGAGCCACCACCACCUCCCCCACACUCUGCUUCCUUACUAUCACGCAUCCUCCAAGAUCCUCGGCACCAGCAACCUCCCCAGUCCCAUGAUCACAGAGGACCACCACCUUUAGAAAUGUCCCAACCUACACUUCUGCCUCGUGAUUCCCACCUUCGCCACCACAUGGACUCAUCUCAUACGCAAGCUAUUUCCCGUAGACACCAUGAGGAUGAGGAUGUUGGUGGUGGAGCUGCUUACCCAGGCAUGGGUAUAGGCACUAUGAUACCACAGUCUCUGGCUCCAACUAUAGUAGGAAGCCCGUCCUCACUCAGUGGCCCGCGCCCUGAGUGGCCUGCCCAGGACAACCCCUUGGCACUGGUUAAUAGAGCUCUACUCACAGAGUUGCACCACUUGGUAACUAAGGCCGACUAAGCACUAAGUACGGUAGGUGGUCGUGCUGCUCGCUAGUCUGCCCCGCACCAGUCACUCCGGUGGUACUCGGCCCCAUAAACCCCUCAUCCAUGAGGGUGCACCUCGCCCGGCCGUCCUGUGCCCUGCCGCUGGUGCUGGUUGGUGUGAAUCCAUGCCCUUACAACGACCACACCUGCACCGCCCACUCUGGGAACCUGUGGGAUAUAUGUUAUCCUUGGUAUCCAGUGACAGCUGUUGUAGCCAGCCAAUAACAUCUUUAUAAUGUGCCGAAGUGGGCCUAGGCGGCCACUGUAUCUCAUUCUUGAUAGCUUUAACCUCCUUCGGAGUCCCGCUGUUACCAAACGGGAGCCGUGUCCCUGUCUGGUGCCUGUUCGACACGGCAUGUAGUCGUUACCACGAUAGUCUCUCCAGUUGUGUGUUCAGCUCGCACCCGCAGCUACCCUGUAAGUAGGCAGCCUAGAAAUUGGACGCACAUGCUUCCUUAACUCACUGACUCAACAAGAGGUCCAUAGUGACAGUCCUGAGGUUAUGACGACAUCUGCUGGUGGAGUUGGAGGCAUUGAAAUCUGCUUCGGAUUUUUCAUUCCAGCAGUCUGUAAACCUGUGAUUGUGAUCGUGAUAUGAGUGACUAAUUAAGGUGUAUGGAUAAAAAUUUUAAUAUAUUGGAUUUAUUUAUCUCAAACAAAUACCCAAAAUAGCAUAUAUUGGCUGUGAUAGAAAUAAUAUGAAUAUUGUAUGGAUGUGAUGGAAAAUCCUCUUAAUGAACUUACUUGAAGAUUCUGAAUCAGUAAUCAAUGUGUCCUACACAUGACUGCCUGAGUCGCGCCUUGAACUCGGUGGUCCACGGAGGCAGCACAAAAGGUGUCCCCUGCUUGCGUCCAUUUAGAACUGGCAUAAUGUAUUCCUGCUGCCUUGGUGUCUCAAUUUGUCCAAAAAAUAUGGCUAGUCAUUACCUGUGUCACAUAUAAGAGACAAAUGGCAACAAUGUCUUAUGUGGCAUCAAGUAUAAUUUUUUCUUGGCCAGCUCAUUAAAUUGUUAAUUAAUAAUGCUUUCUCCUUCACUUGUAAUACAGUUUGUCAAUAUUUAAUCAACAGGGUAAAAUAUAAAUAUUUCAGAUAUAAAUAAUAAUUUUGAAGUUCUCUGUCAUUGACGUUGCUCUCCUCAAAUGGUCAGGCAUAUGUUUGCUUAUGUGAUUCAAGUUGCAUGACAUAAAUACACCCAUAGCACUAACAUGUUAAUGCACCCAUUGUUGAAUAUACAUAAUUCCUUGUUCCCAGUUGUUCCGGUCAGUAUUUCUAAACAUGGCACAAAUUGAUGUUCUAACUGUCAUUUUGAACAUCCAUACAGUAAUUAUAUGCUUGCACAGAUGUUUUCUGGUUGCUCACAACACAAUGUAUACUAUCUAGGCUGAGCUGUGGUCCAUUACAUAUGACAACUUUGUCUUGCGCCAUGGCACUGGAGAGCAAUCUUUAAUGCACCACUAGUUUGGGCCUUUUGCUACUGUACAGAGAUUUGUGCCUUGUGCCACCAUAGAAAGCUCCACCUUUUUGUCACUGUAAGUUAUGCCAGUAUUUAGAGAUCUGACUAAAGAGCCAAUGUAUAGAGAGCUGUGCCUUGUGCUAUUGUAUUGUAAAGAGUUUUGCACCUUGUGCCACUAUUUAGAGAAUGUGCCCUGACCAACCAGACACUAAAGCCUUGUGCCAGUUCCAUUUAUAUUCAUUAGGUACUGUUAUCAUGCUCAGACAUGAAGCUCCACAUUACACAUGUAGGUUACUGCUGUGUACUGAGCUAGCCUUAAAAUCAUCAUGGAUAGGACAAGGUUUUUAAUAUUUACAUAGUGUAGUGUGGAAUAAAGUCACCUGUUGUUAGUAUUGAUUACAAGUGUGUCACAGAGAUGAUUCAGUUAUGGAGCCAUUAUGUAGAAAAGUGGAACUGUGGUCCACUAUGCAGGGGAGCCAUUGUCACAGUGCAGCAUCCAUGGACCAGUGGGAGGCAGCCACGUUUAUACUCUCUACUUUCGUGAAGGCUGUGUCUCCGUUUCUGUGAUGUAUUGAAGUGUGCUGUUGUAACGGUUAUGCAGAGCUCUUUAUAUUUUUGAUACUGUAGAGUAUUUUGCGCAAGGUUCCUAGGUAUAAAUGAUAAUUUACAUAAUUUAGAAUCUAAGUGCAAUCAUACCAAAAGAUAAAUAGAGGGUGGCCCAUUUGCCACCAUAUAAUGGAUGCUGAGACAUGCAAACUGAUAGCUAAGAGUCUGUCAUCAGCUAAAAUUAUUCUUAUAAUUUAAGAGCAUGUUUUGCAACAUUUAUUGUACUAUAUACCAGUACUUGAGGAUUGCACUUAAAUUCUUAGUGAAGAUGCAAGUUGCCACGUCCAGAGCAAUAUGGUGGAGGAGGAUGGAUAUUUUGUUGCUCGAACUGGUUUAAAAGUUAGGGUUACAACUGAACACUUUUCUUAAAUAGAAAAGGGAUAAUACCCAAAACUGCAGUUAUAGACUAAGGCAUGGAGAGUUUCCUUAUUGGCUGUGGAAUGGAUAAUUAUUAUAGUAGUGAAGAAGGGGGGAGGGGUUGAAAUCAGUGAUAAUCUAUAUUUUACUAUUUAUGAUGGUCAAUUGGUGAUAUUCUCUAUUUUAAUAUUUAUGGUUUGUGAUAAAGUGAUUGAGCUUUAAUACUGUGUAUUUUUAAAUGAAAAUAAUUGGGAUAAUCAUCAGAUUGUGUCUUAGAAUAACUUGAGUUUAUUUAAAUGUAUAUAUUAAUGAUAAGGAUGAGCACACAUGUACGAGAGAGAAGUUUGAAGAUUUCAGUUGGACCAGGUCUUUCAUAUAAGGUGUCUUGUGAAUUUUAUAAUAUUGGAGGAUGCCUGGUGAGCCCAGAGAUGUCCUACUAGGACUUGCCUCCACCACCACCCUCCUGGGCAUGCUGGCUAGGCUGGGGAGUUUGGCUGCUAUGAGAGAGAGAGAGAUCCAAGAGUGUGUGUGUGUACUCAUCUCUACAGUCCGUGCCCAAAAUCCUAGGUCUCAACCUUUAUUUACACUUGCUUUUGCUGUACAGUAUAUAACAGGAAGGUAAGGUUGUAAACUUGGAUUUUGUGUAUUGUCUUAAACUGGGUCUCGGCAACUUAACAAGUGUCUCUUAUCUCAGCAGUUGCAUGUAUAAAAAUGUUUGCGUUAUGUCUCUGACAUGUUUCAUAAGCCUUUAUUAUGUAGACUUAGGAAAACGCAGUAAAGAACCUAUAUGUUUCACAAUAAUGAUCAUGAACGUUUAUAAUGGGUAGUAAUGAACUGAAAAUUUAUUACAACUGUAAUAGUUCUAAUAUGAUAAGUUGCUUGGAUGUAUAAAGGUAUUGUGUUAGCCUUGCGAGUCAAAGUCUUGGACCUAUCCAUAUUAAUGCUUGUUAAAACAGUGCCUACAUAUUUUAAUCGUUGAAACCAAUAUUAAUACAUAACUAAUUUUAUACAAUGUAUCUUUUAAAUAGUAUUCAUAAAUUGUUUCUGAAUUCAGGAACACCUCAGUUUUAUUCCUAGUGUGUGUGUGUGUAUAUGUACGUAUGUAUGUGUAGUACA